AUGUUGCCGAAGAAGAAUCCAGCAGCAGGACAGCAGAUACCAUCCAGCACGGGGACGUCUGGCAGGAAGAGCGGUGUAGCUGCGCGGUUGAGGGCGUAUCGAGAAGAUUUGAAGCAGGAAGAUGCGCCGCUACCGAAGCUAAUCAAAACGGUGGCUUUCAAACCAUCGAAAGGAACAGCAGCAAUACCACCAAAAGCGGCAGCAGCUGUUGCAAGUGGAUUUCGUAAGAAAGAUCCAUCAUUGGGCGUCAACAAACGAAACUCUGCCCAAGAGCGCCUUAACCGGCUCUGUGAGGACCUGAAGGAGGACGUAGAUCUACAAAAGAGCGGAAAGAAGCCUUCAGCCAGCACCAAGUACCAACAGCCAAUCAUCAGUCUACCUUCCAAAGGGGGCUCCAGCAGCACUAGUCAAGCUUCGUUGUCAAACAAGUCGCUCCAGUUACUGAAAGAAUAUGCUGUCCCAGACACCGGUUUCUCCUCGCCCGAUAGUUCUCUCGCGGAACCGGAGCAGAUGGAGUGGCAAUCGCUUAUGGAGCUGACAGCAGCUGAGCCCCAGCAUAGAUCAGCCAGCGACGGGAAGCAGAACUUGCCGACCACAGGCAACCGCCUCGACACUGACUACAUGGAAUGUGCGGCGUCGUUUGCCAACUAUCGUUUCCUCAUCGUGGACACCUCGAUCUACCUGGACCAUAUCGAAGGGAUCAUAGACAUGUUUAGCGACCCGGUACCAGCAAAUAAACCUCAACCGAUAUUGGUCGUUCCGUAUAAGGUGUUACAACAGCUGGAAUCCGCAACACAUAAUUUCCCGGACAAAAAGAAAGCAAUAAUUCGGACCAAUCGCUUCCUAUGUACGAUGCUUGAAAAGAGUGAUAAGCGGUUUCGCGGCCAGCGUUUGACUGACGAUGCCUGUGAGCUGUUUGAGCAAGACUCGACCAGCGAUUCUAUCAUCAACUGUGCCCUGCAGGUGCAGAGUGUGGCCGGCGACCGGUUAGUGGUGGUGACGGACGAUUGCUGUUUGCUAACGAAAGCAUUAGUGUCCGAGUUAGAGGCUUGCGAUUGGAGGAACUUCUAUCAACAGUACUCGUCGUCCUCAUAGUCCUCGAUGCCAAUCGCAUUAGAUUUACUAAUGGUGCCUUAUACCUUUAUAAUCAUAUAAAGUAAUAUAAUAGAAGAAAUUAAUAAAGAUACCUAAUGGGCCAUGAAACAAUGAUAUGCC